UGCCUGAGCUUGAAUCAGCAGCUCCCGCUCCUACCUCCCGCUAUGGCUUCCUCCGCAACGCAACGCGCUACACCUUACAGCGCAACCGGUGUCUCCGACGGCAACCGGCAGUCGCAGGCCAUAGAAAUCGACGCUCAGCAGUCGCAGAAGGCCUCUGCGACGUCGCACGAGCAGCAGUCGCAGGCACAGCAGCGGCGGCGCUUCAAGGGGCGGAAGCGGUCGUGGCAGGAGAACGCGAUCUACCUGCUGCUGGGCGGCGUGGUUCUUUACCUGGGCGACGGCUCCGUGCAUUUCCUAGACGUCCUCUUUCGCGAUCCACGCAUCCGAUGGCGGCCGCUACAGGCGGCAGCGGCGUGUGUGGCUGUGAACGUCGCCAUCUACCUCUACGCCGCUGUCUUCCUGCGCCUCCUCCGAAAGGACACGCGCUCCUACCACCAGUCCGCGCCCGCCGCGCUGGCUGUCGCCACGGCUGUUGGCCUCGCGGCUUAUGUUCUGUGCUCCAUCGCCUUCUGGCCCGUUUGGGGCAUUCUCACUCUGCCCAUUCUUUGGGUACUGUUCAUGGUUUUUGCCAUUAUCACAUCGUACCUGCCACCUUUCAAAGUGCGCCAAGACUAACAGACGGGAAUCGACGGCUAUGGUAUCUGCAACAAUAGUGGAAAAUGUUUUCAAUCAGACUUGCAUUUAUGUGAUGCAACGCUUGUAAAGUCAUGUACAUGAGUCGUCAAUAGAGUUGCUCAAUUAGA